AUAAAGAAGUUGGUCGUUACUACCAACAAUAACAAACUUAUUUUUCUUCUUUCACAAAACAAAGACAUUUCAGGUGAAGGAACCUCGAUCCCUGUGGAACACGUCACCUCUGAGGAACACCUCACCCCAGAGGACCAACAGUGUGGAGGUUUCCAGAUGAAGCCUGUGAAGAAGGAAGAACCUGAAGAUAAAGAUGAACUCAAACUGAACAAGGAUUUCUGCUGCUCCUCGUGUCCACGUUCCUCUACAACCCAAAAUCAGCUCCACAAUCACAUCAAGAGCUGCAACCAUGAUAAAUAUGAGACUCUGGUGAAGAUUAAGACUGAACAUGAGGAUUUGACGUCCACCAGAAGCUCCAGUAAUCAGCAAACGUCCUCUGGUACUGUCAGCAUUAACACCUCUCUCAGUCCCACACUGGAAGAAGGAAACGUCUGCUCACAGUGUGGGAAGAGCUUCAGGUUCCUGAGUCAUCUCAAAAUACACCAGCGCAUUCACACAGGAGAGAAACCAUAUCUGUGCUCACAGUGUGGGAAGAGCUUCAGUUCCCGGGGUGCUCUUAAAAUACACCAGCACAUUCACACUGGAGAAAAACCGUGUCAGUGCUCACAGUGUGGGAAGAGUUUUAAUACACAAAGUAAGCUCAAAAUACACCAGCGCAUUCACACAGGAGAGAAACCGUAUCAGAGUUCACAGUGCGGGAAGGGUUUUAAUACAAAGAGUGAUCUGAAAAGACACCAGCGCAUUCACACUGAAGUCAAACCAUAUAAGUGCUCACAGUGUGGAAAGAGUUUUAAUACAAAGAGUAAUCUCAAAAUACACCAGCAUAUUCACACUAGAGAAAAACCGUACCAGUGCUCACAGUGUGGGAAGAGUUUUAUUACACAGAGUGAGCUCAAAAUACACCAGCGCAUUCACACUGGAGAGAAACCGUAUCAGUGCUCACAGUGUGGAAAGAGUUUUAAUAGACAGAGUGUGCUCAAAAUGCAUCAGUACAUUCACACUGGAGAGAAACUGUAUCGGUGCUCUCAGUGUGGAAAGAGUUUUAAUCAACAAAGUCAUCUCAAAAGACACCAGCUCAUUCACACUGGAGAGAAACCGUAUCAGUGCUCACAGUGUGGGAGGAGUUUUACUGAACAGAGUAAACUCAAAAUACACCAGCGCAUUCACACUGGAGUGAAACCGUAUCAGUGCUCACAGUGUGAGAAGAGUUUUAACAGACAGGAAUCUCUUAAAAAACACCAGCGCAUUCACACUGGAGAGAAACCGUAUCAGUGCUCACAGUGUGGAAAGAGUUUUAAUGGACAGAGUGAUCUCAAAAGACAUCAGCGCAUUCACACUGGAGAAAAACCAUAUCAGUGCUCACAGUGUGGAAAGAGUUUUAAUACACAGAGUAAUCUCAAAAAACACCAGCGCAUUCACACUGGAGAGAAACCGGAUCAGUGCUCACAGUGUGAGAAGAGUUUUAAAAGUGCAGAAGAAGUUUUAGCUGAAUUGGAACGACUGGAAGAAGAAGAAGAAUUGCAGGUAUCAGAAGAAAGUGACUACGAUUCGUUUGAAGAAGACGCUUUUUUUCAUGGAGAAGAUGCUGUUCUUGACUACAAUUCUGAGGAUUCAGGUGAUGACUGGGUGCCAGCUGCUCAGACAAAGAGAAAGAGGCAUUCUUCCCCACCCCACCCUGAAUCCACAUCAAGGACCAAUCACGCAGAUCCAGAAAGUACUGUGACGUCUGUCGAAGAGGUGCCAAGUACUUCAUCCACCCACCUCCCAACAAUACAGAAGACCAGGUCAUCAGCAACACGUGCGAAGAGGCAAUCAAGAGGACGUUCUCACCGAGUUCCUGCACAAACAAAAAGGCCAGGCAGUGUUUCUACAACCGAAGAUGAAGAUGAUGUUUGGCAUGACAUCACUGAUGUUGAUGAGGCACCCAGCAUUCCAAAGUUUUUGCCAAAGCGACCUCCAGGGCUACAGCUUCUAUCGAACACUGUAUAUUCCCCACUGCAGUUGUUUCAGCUGUUUUUCAGUAUAUCUGUGGUGAAGACUAUUGUAGAUAACACCAAUAAGUAUGCUGAGAUCAGAGCAGCUGCAAAUCCAUCUUACAAAUGGAUUCCUCUCAGUGUUAGAGAAUGCUACAAAUUUAUUGCAUUGGUAAUAUACAUGGGGAUUGUGAAACUAAAAUCUGUUGCAGACUACUGGUCUGGAAAGGAAUAUUACCGCCUUCAUUACACCGCAAAAGUGAUGACAGGCAAAAGAUUUCUGGCAAUCUCUAGUAACCUGCAUCUGUGUGACCCAAAAGAGGACGAAGAUAACACAAGGAGAAAGGGAACCUCAACAUAUGACAAACUUUUCAAAUUGAAGCCACUGUAUACAGAGUUGCUGACAGCAUGCCGGACAUAUUUUCAGCCGGACAAGGACAUUUCGAUUGAUGAGCGGAUGGUAGCCUCUAAAGCAAAAAUUGGCCUGAAACAAUACAUGAAGGCAAAGCCAACAAAAUGGAGCUACAAAAUGUUUGUUCUGGCUGAUUCAACCACAGGUUACACUUGGAAUUUUUUUAUUUAUGAAGGCAAGCAAUCCGUUUGCUCAGGCCAGGGACUGAGCUAUGACUCAGUUAUGUCCCUCAUGGAUUUUGCCCUUCUUGGCAAGGGGUACCACCUCUACACUGACAGUUUUUACACAAGCCCCAUGCUCUAUUUGGAUCUCCUGAAGAAGGAGACUCUUGCUUGUGGUACCAUCCGUACCAACCGGAAGGGGUAUCCAAGAACAAAAAUCAAUGAUCUCACCAGGCAGGCAAAGAGAGGAACCAUCCGCUGGCACAGACGUGGACAACUUCUUUUUGUAAAGUGGAUGGACACAAGGGAGGUGGUGGUGUGCUCCACAAUGCACAAGGCAUAUGAUGGUGACACAGUGAUGAGGAGAGUAAAAAAUCAGGAGGGGGUUUGGAAUAAAGUGAAUGUUCCAGUUCCUGCAGCGGUCAAGGAUUACAACAGGCACAUGGGUGGAGUCGAUUUGUCGGACACCUUGAUUUCAUAUCACAAUGCCUUACACAAGACAGUCAAGUGGUACGAGACAUUAUUUUACCAUUUCAUUGACAUUGGGAUUGUAAAUAGUUUUAUUUUACAUCAGCAAAUAUCAAAAAGAAAUGCACAAGAGGCUCUAACUCAGAAACUCUUUAGAGAGAAACUGAUGUCGGAGCUUGUGGCCUUUUCAGGGGACACCACCCAGGAUGAGUCUGCUGCAGGACCCUCAGGUGAAACAAAACAAUGCCUGCCAGCAUAUUACAGCGAUGACAGUACAGCUGGCAGGUGAAAAUGUGCCAUGUGCAAAAGGUCUGGUGAAAUUGUGAAGACGCCAGUGUACUGCACAAAGUGCGAUGUGGCCAAAAGAAACUGUUUUUACAAAUGGCACAAUAUGGGGCACCACAAAAACCUGUAAAUAUUUGUACCAAAAAAUGUAAAUAGACAUUGUAAAUACAGUAGUUUUGAGUUGAUUGUAUUUUUUCUAUGAUAAUUUUGAUAUUUUUUCAUAAAAUUUGUUUUGCUAAUAA